AUGAAGAACCCACAAAGAUUCGAAUUCGUCCACAAGGUUUUCGGCGCCAGCAAUGUCGCCAAACUCGUACAGCAAGUGGCAGAGGAUCGAAGGGCAGAGGCUGUGGAUUGCAUGGUGUACGAGGCGAGCUUAAGAGUUAGUAACCCAGUGUACGGGUGCGCUGGGAUGAUAUAUCAGCUGCAGGAGGAGAUAAUGAAAGUGCAAUUGGGGGAAACCUAAUCGGCCGUCGAGCUUGGUGACGCGAGCUUGUGAUACAAUUUACAUAUGUUAUGCGAUAGAUAGGGAUAGAGGGGAAGUGUACAAGUCAGAUGUUCAUG